AUGAAGCCAAUGCACUGGUCACAUGAGUUCGACUCCAAGUUGAAGGGGGACGGAGGUGGGCCAUGGCCAACAAGUGAGCACGGCUUAGUGCAGUUUCGGUGGGCGUUGCUGUGGCACUUGAACAGUGACAGACGAUUGCAAGCCAACGGUGAUGUGCAGGAUGUGUUUGUCCCGGUUGAUGUCUUUGGACAGUCUAUUCAUGACGUGUUGGGGUCGCUGGGUAUCUACCCUGAGGUGGACGAGAUUCAUAUUCCGCCACGGGAACCAUUCAGCGCCUACCUCAACAACGACAAGCGCGCUAAGGUAAGUUUGGAUAUCAACCCGUGGAGCCGGCGCCACAUGAGCCACGGCUACAGUUUCGACUAUUUUGGCAAGUUCGCGAUCCAUUUACAGCUUCGCCGUCAGUGCGAUUGUGACCGACGCAUCUUCGAAACUAAGACUAACUGGCUAAAAAGUGUCGUGUAUGAUUUUUUGAAAGACUGCGGUCCGAUGCUUUGA